UAUAUUUACUCAUAAGUCAUGAUGAGUGCAAAGGAGAUACAUAUUAAAAAAGAUCAACAAGUCUCUGCAGAUGAUGUUGAGGAGAAAAUGGAUCUCAUCAACUCUCUUGAUAAUGAUUCAUUAGCACAAAUAUUCAUGUUGCUGCCGAUAUCUGAGAGAAUAACUAUGGAUCAAGUUUGUUUGAAAUGGAAAGAGGCCUGUCAACUAGCUUGGCAUGACAUAAAAAAAUACAAAUGUACCAAUGCAAUUGUUCGUAGUUAUGAAAAAUGUAUUUUAACACAAUCUUACGUAGAAAAAAUAUUAUUCAAUUGUGGUAUUUAUUUAAAAGAAUUAAUUCUUUCAAAAAUUUGUAACUCAACUAUCAUGCCAAUAAUUGCUGAAUAUUGCAAAAAUUUAACAACACUUGAAUUUGAAAUUGACGUAUGGAAAGAUAGUAGUUACACUGACCGCUUUGUUGAAGCAUUCACACACUUGAAGCAAUUAAAGGUCGUUAAAAUACAUAUAUCUGGAUCUGAGUCUCAAUUUCAAAUGCUCAAUAGUCUUCCAAAAGAUAUAAAUGAAAUUCAUUUAUUUUUUGGAUUUGCUGAACCGCAACUGUCGAGUUUUACCACAUUAUUAUGUCUUGCCAACCACUUUUUGCCUGAUUUUGUAGCACCAUCACUUUUUGUAAGUAUUUAUUGUUAG